AUGCCCCUUCACCCCCGGUAUAUCCCUUGCAAUCCAUCUGAAGGAGAGGGGGACGGCUCAUCUAUAUCAGUCCUUCGUACCAGUGACAAUGCCUACUUUCUCGCCGCGCCAAUUCCCAACAUCCAGAUAAAAGAUGUGGUUACUCCAAUCCCAGACCCCCAAGACUCGGCUUCUUCUCCUCCAGACGAUGACUCUGGCCUAGAAGACGAAAGCACUACCACCAAGCUGGCCUCAGUUAUCCUUCCUACUGCCUCCCUACCUCUCUCUCGCCUCCUCAACCACCCAAACAUAAUCUCUCUCGUGGAUGUGGUACAAAACUCCCAGCUUCCAGGCGGCAGCAUCAAAUCAGGCCCCCUUGCCGACCUCACAAUCUGGGAAGACAUGACCGCCGGUUGCCUCUCCUCCCUCCUUCCUUCCCCCAAAACCAUUCCGCCAUUCACCGAUGAAGAACGCUGGGCGGCCUUAGUCGCUCCCGAUACUGGUCGCUUCUCGCUCCCCGAAUCUCUUUGCUGGCAUGUGUUACGCAGUAUUAGCCGUGCUUUACUUUGGCUGCACCAUGGGAUUAAAGAGACAGAGGGGAUCCCUGGCGAAUGGGGAAAGCAUGACGAUGACUGGCAUGCGGUCCUAAUUAUGGAUGUCAGUCCGGAGCAAAUAUGGUUUAAGAAGCCAGAUGGGGCAAAAGGAGUUUUCUAUGGAGCUUGCAAGCUCGGUGGGUUUCAGCAGGCGAAGGUUUGUGGAAGUGUAGGUUGGAAAGUUGCGAUUUCAAAUCGACCAGAGGAUGUGCCAACGUGGAAGAGGGCUUAUUGGGCACCGGAAAUCAAUAAAAAUAUUCGCCCUUGGACCCGCGCUUCCGAAAUCUGGUCGCUAGGCGCAGUCCUCUAUGUCAUGAUGACGGGAAUCCCUCCGCCGAUUCUCUACACCUACGACUGGCAGAUCUCCCGCAUGAAUGACAAAGAUUUCUCGCACUAUAUUCGUAAUGUUGUGGGUGAUAUGCUGAAAACUCAGCCAGGCGAGAGACCGACAGCCCUGGAAUUGGUUAACCGUGUGGAGGAGAAGUGGACGGAAUGGAGGACAGGAACAGAAGAAGGCAGGCAAUUUGUGGAUGCGAGCGAUGUGAGAGUGGGUGAAAGCCUGAUCAGCACAUAA